CCACACCUAAGCUGAGACCUAUUUAAUUCUAUUUAAAUUCAGUCAUCAAACAAUUUUAUUUAAAAAUUAAAUCACUAAUACUUUCCAAUUAUUAAAAUUCCAAUUUUCAAAUUGGUUGUACCGGAAACCAAACUUGUGUUCGAAUUUUGAAUUUAAUUGUAAAUGUACUUAAGUAACUAGAGCUAGCUGUUCUUUUAUAAGGUUGAUGUAAAAAAGUGUUAGAAGUGUUAAAAAUGUGAAUGAAGUAUAGUAAUAAACAAGCCUUAAAUAACACGUUAGUCUAUAUUAAAGCUAAAAAUAAAUUUGUUUGUAUUUUUAUUAAGUAAAAUAAGUUCGUUGUAAAGAAAAGCUAACUAUGCAACCUAGCAACCUGUUGUAGAGUUUCUUGUGUAAGAUGUCCCUAGAGGGGCAUAAGAGGAAGUUGCAAUGUGUGUGGUGGAUAUUUGCUAUCGCGCCUGUAGUGUCGGCAGGUAUAGCUUGCCUUGCCAACCCUUGCUUACAUGGUAUUUGUUUGGAUGACCUUAACAGCACGUAUUCCUGUUAUUGUAUCGACGGGUACACUGGAGUACAGUGCCAGACCAACUGGGACGAGUGUUGGUCCAGCCCGUGUCAGAAUGGUGGUACCUGCAUCGAUGGUGUGGCGAGCUACAACUGUUCCUGUCCUGAUGGAUUUAUAGGAGACAGCUGCGAGACCAACUACAACGAAUGUGAAUCCAAUCCCUGUCUUAACAACGGCACAUGCAUCGACAUGACGAACGAAUACGUAUGCCACUGCAUACCAGGAUUUUCCGGAGACCAUUGCGAGCUGGACGUGGCGGUUUGCAACUCCACAGAGGAGGUCCGCUGUUACAAUGGAGGGGAGUGCAUCGAAGGACCGGGUUAUAAGUUUUACUGCAAAUGUAUGGCAGGAUGGGAGGGCCCUAAAUGUGAAGAUCAAAUCGACGAAUGCCAAUCGAAUCCCUGUAGGAACGGAGGGAUAUGUAUCGAUUCACAUGCUGACUAUAUGUGUGCAUGUACUUAUGGUUUUACAGGUAAGAGUUGCGAAGUUCAAAUAGAAUUUUGCGACGAGGACUCUUGUAGUAACAAUGCGCUGUGCGUCGUUGAGGACGACGUGAGAGUGUGCUACUGUGUGCCGGAUUACCACGGAGAGAGAUGCGAGCUGCAGUACGACGAAUGUUUAUUGGGUCCCAGAUGUAUGAACGGUGGCACGUGCAUCGAUGGUGUUGAUAAUUUCACUUGCUCUUGUCCUCCAAAACUUACCGGAACAUUAUGCGAUUGCCUCAUUUUAGAUGACGGUAGUCAUGAUUGUGAAUAUGUGAGCCCAACGAUUACACCAAUCCAUAAUGUAUCUAUUACUACUAUGGGUUUUACUGAACCUACAGUAAUCGGCAGUAUCACAACCAUUGAUUAUACAAAAUAUAGUACGACUACUACUUCGAUAUCUGUGAUCCCAGAUAGUUUGAAUUUUACUACCACAAUAGAAUCCACAACGGAAAAUUUCACAACCACAGAUAUUUCAGUCAUUACAGAAGUAACAACUGCAAAUACGACUAAAGCUGAUAUAGAUAGUGAUAUGACUACAGUGAAAACUGAUUAUACACAAUUGGAAAUUGAAUCAACAACAGUGAAAAUGGAUUUAACUACAGAAGGAACACGAGAAACAUUGGAAAUAGAUAAUAUGAAAACGGAAGCUACCACCCAAUGCGCCGAUUCUUGUAUUAAAUCCAACGCAUCAACUAUAGCUUUGCCUCCUGUUACAGUACCAACUAUAACAACAACUGAGAAAUUGAUAACUUCUAAGGAUUUUCCAGAAUUGCCAUCUUCUAAGUCCCACGAAAUGACUACUUCAAUAUCUACAAUGAUUUAUGAGACGACGAAGAAAGAUACAAUAACUACAAAAACAUCAGACGCAUCAACAACAGAUAUGACGACUCUAAAAGAUAUGACAACAAGUAAAAUGUUUACAGAUACGCCAAUAGAUACAACACAUUCUACAGAUAUUGUGACGUUAAAACUUUCGACAACUGAAACAACAGAACCAAUAGAUGUAGAUACUACACAACCAACAUUACAAUCAGAAUGUACUAAUUCUUUUUGUAACAAUCACGGGACUUGUAUUACGGGUUUAAAUGGUAUUAGAUGUCACUGUGCUUUCAAUUACGGUGGAAGGUUUUGCGAACAGAAAAUGAUCAUCACCUCAGCUGCUUUCGAUGGUAAUUCAUACAUAUCCCAUCGCGUCAAGAACUCAACAACAAUAAGUAUAGGAUUCAAUGCAAAAACACUAAUCACUGAUGGUCAAAUAAUGCAUGUAAACUUAGCUGACGGAGCAUAUAUGAAACUUUAUAUGGAGUCAGGAUUGCUGAAGUUUGAAUUUUCUUGCGGAUACCAAACAAUGUUGCUGAGUGAACUAAAAACAUACGUGAAUAAGGGGUAUUUGAUGAAAAUCGAAACUAGACUAGACCUUUACUUAAAAGAGAAACAUUGCAACGGCACACUUCGUCUGAAUGAUACAGUAGCUAUGAGUGGAGGACAAAUCGCCAAUAUUAGCUAUCUUGAGAAUAAUACUAUGCUUUCCUUCGGUAAUACACCGAAUAGCAAUACCACAUACAGCAAACCAUUCGUUGGUUGCAUAAGAGAUUUAGUUGUCAAUGGAGAAAAACGUGAAAUUUUCGACGAUGCUGUAGAUGCAUCAGAAGUAACAGAAUGUUCAUCUCUGUCGUGCUUAUCGUCACCGUGUGUGAACGGAGGCACAUGCAGCGAUCAUGGCGAAACUUACACGUGCGCUUGUGCUAAUGGUUGGAUGGGAGAUCACUGCAAUCAAUCUGUUUGCGACCACAAUCCCUGUCAAUCUGGAGGCAGUUGCGUCCGACAUCCUGGCAGUGGUUUCAUAUGCUUAUGUCCGUAUGGCAAACACGGCAUCUUCUGCGAAUACAAUGUGGAAAUAACUCGGCCAUCUCUAGCCCCAAUAGCUACAGGAAAAUCCUCAUAUGUAAUGUAUCCUUUGUCAUCCGCUGCCAUGAAUUCAGAUCGUUUCGAUUUACGUCUACGAUUCCAAACUGCGGACAUGGACCAAAUAUCUCUUCUAGCUUUCGUUGGACAGAGUGGAAAACAUGACUCCAGAAGUCAACAUUUGGCUUUGGCGUUUGUUAAGGGUUACAUUAUGUUAACAUGGAAUAUGGGGAGCGGCCCUCGUCGUAUCUUCACCUCUCGAGCCCUGGGCCCGCGCCGUGGAGGGCACACUGUCAGAGUCUGGCGCCGCGGUCGCACGGCCGGCUUGCUGAUCGACAGCAGACAAAACGUCACUGGCAAUGCGCCCGCGCAUCGAUCUAACAUGACAUUGCUGCCUUACAUUUAUAUUGGUGGACAUCCAUCUGAGGACUUUGGGGAUCUACCCCACGAUCUGCCUUUACACACUGGGUGGAGGGGAUGUAUAUGGGAAGUGGGUGGGCAGGCUAUCGGGACUGGGAAGGCCGUGGGGGGUCGAGGUGUUGGCCAGUGUGGGGUCGCGCAGUGCACUGCCAAGUCCUGCAAUGCUCCUCGCGGAGUCUGCAUACACUCACCAGCUACUUAUGGUUGCAUCUGCAACGAAGGCUGGUUCGGUGCGACGUGCGCCAGCGCACAGAGUCCGUGCGACCGCUCGCAGACGCGCUGCCGCGGCGCGUGCGUCAUCGCCUUGGAUGGCGCGCACUGCGACUGUCCAUAUGGGAAGACCGGCCUCCACUGCGACCAAGAUUUGAUGCCGAUAGACCUAUUAUUCUCAGGAGUAAGGUCGUAUUUAGAAUUUCUUCCACGUUCAAUAUCGAGCGUCAGCUUAUCGUUCGAAGCUGAAAUAAAACCUACAAAAGAACGAGGCAUUGUAAUUUUUGUACAAACGCCACAUUUCUACACGGCGCUCUCUCUUCAAGGAGGACUUCUGGAGUAUAGGUGGACAGAUCACCUAUCUGGACUGACGUCCCUGGUCAGGUCUGGUGUAGUGUUGUCGAUGUCCCAGUGGCACAGCGUGAAGUGCGGCCGCUACGGCAAUCGGCUGUAUGUAUGGGUGGACGGCGCGCUGAGCACGGAGCCCAUGCUGGCGCACGCCUACCCGCACACGGCUAGUGAUGCCUCCAUUAUCAUAGGUGGUGCUCGCGACUUGGCAACAUUGCCUUUCGACGUGAUGUCAGGCCCGCCGGAGUCAUACAGCGGCUGCUUCAGGAGUUUACACGUCAACAACAUACUGCUGCCUUUUGAGGAGCAAAACAUCGAAGCGGGCCAGAACGUAGGCGCGUGUGAGGGCGCGGCGUGUAGUGGCACCACAGUCACUAGCAGUGGAACCAGGUGUCGGCGCUCCGCCUGUCGCCCGCACGAGUGCGGCGCGGGCCGCUGCUCUAGGGGCCGCUGCGUCUGCCCCGCCGGCCGCGUUGGCCUUCGCUGCGAACAGCAUAUAAACAUAACAAUCCCACACUUCGACGGCGAGGCGCUGCUGUCGCUCAACCGCGCCGCGCUCGCUCGCAGCGAGCAGAUCAGCGCGCCCGCCCGCCCCUCACACCUGGCGCUCAACUUCACCACCGCUGACCCUAACGGACUGCUUUUUUGGAUAAAUAUGGGAAGCGACUACCUUGGCCUAGGCCUUGACAGCGGUUAUAUAAAAUUAACGUGGUCCCUUCACUGUAAUAACUCCAGUAAACAAAAAACGGAGUAUUUCCCUCUACCCCCGAAACUACUAUCAAGUUUGGUUCAAGCCGGGUUCAUGGCCGACAGUGAGUGGCAUUCUGUAGUGGUCACACUGGAUUAUAACAUCACAUUACUGGUGGAUGGAAGGUCAUACAUAGAAGAGCAGUGCUAUAGUGAGAAUGGUUACGAGGAGUUGGAUUUAUAUGUUGGUGGAGUUACGGACGAAGAGAUUGUUGCUAGAAAAUUUUUCCCCCAAAACUUUAAAGGCUGUAUUGACAAAAUAUCUACAAAACAACACACGUUUUUGACCAACUACGCAGAGGUGUACAGCGAAAACGUGCGAUCAUGUCAAUUGUUUCCCACUUUAUAGAUUGUUUUCACAUUUUAGGCACAGAAUAGAGAAUGAUACAGAAUGAGUCUUUAAAAGUCGCGCGGUAAGGCCGGUGAAACCCAUAAAAAAUAAUAUAUACCUAUAAAAGUACUCCAUCUUAUUUAUUUAGCUUUAUUUUUUUUUUAAACGGUUUAAGACCGUUUUUAAAUAUUCAAAAACAUAAGAUGUUAUUUUUCUUGAAUAAUAUUGAAAAUUACUGAUGCAACGCUUUCUGUCGUCUGAGAAUGUAUUCGUUUUUGAAUUUAUAUUUGGAAUGGCUGCAUCACUGCCUUGUUCCGUGCGCUCUAUCUGCCGAUUAUUCUUUAAUCUGUGAUUUUAGGAGAUAAAUUAUUAUUUAUUAGGUAAUUUAAAUACAUACUUAUAAUGGUUUGAUUGAAGUUAUAGUUAUAAGGAUGUUGUAGUCUUUAAUUUAUACGUAAGUAAGUUAUCUAAAGUCCUAUUCAUAGUACAAAACUUUUCUAGUCCUUUUUAAAUUAUCUUACAAUGUUACCUUUUGUAAAAUGUGUUUUCUUUUCGCUAAUCGUGGUUUUUUCUACUUUAUUAAUAAAAAUAUAUAUGUAAUUUUUCAUUAUUGAAUUGAUAAGAGCAAAUAAAUGACGUAAUUCACAC